CAAGUGAGUAUGUCACUCAAACAUGUUCUGAGCUCAGUCCACCUUCAUUGCUUUAUUAAAAUGAGAAAGUGGAUUUAACAGCUAUGCCGGGAAGGUUCCGUGUCAUUCAGGUCACCGUAUCUUGUGUAGACAUGGGCAUCUGUGAAGUAACUUGCUGGAUUUAAGUUUUGAAAAGUCACAUGUCCUAAUACCUGCAGUCAGACCUGAGGAAGCCUUUUGGAUGAGAGGUGAAAGUCCAUUUACCGACAGCUACACUGUUUUUUUAGAGAUUACAGAAGAUUUUUACAGGCAGUUGUUGAAGUCAGGUCUUCUCGCUGCAGCCUCGCGCUAAAACAAGCCAGUGAGGAUGUCGGUGUUAUGGUAACUACUCAGAAGUCCACUGGGUGGUGACAGAGCUUCUGCACUGGAACGUUAAAUAACCAGUAUGUCUUAAAUAAAAGUGUCACUAUGGCUGAGCGCUUUUUGAUGGAGGUGUGUGUAGACUCUGUGGAGUCUGCUAUCAAUGCAGAAAUAGGAGGUGCUGGUCGACUUGAGCUGUGCUCUAGCCUUCUGGAGGGAGGGCUCACGCCAAGCAUUGGUCUGCUAAAGGUAGUGAAGCAGAGUGUCAAAAUUCCGGUCUAUGUGAUGAUCCGGCCUCGUGGUGGGGACUUCCUGUACUCGGAUCAGGAGGUGGAUGUGAUGAGGAAGGACAUAGAGCUGAUGAGGAGCCACGGAGCUGAUGGACUAGUGCUGGGAGCCCUGACAGAAGAUGGACGGGUGGAUUCAGAGAUCUGCAUGGAGUUACUAGCUGCUGCUCGUCCUUUACCUGUCACCUUCCACCGAGCGUUUGACGUGGUUCAUGACCCAACCACUGCUCUGGAGACUCUGGUAUCAUUGGGAUUUGAGCGCGUGUUGACAAGUGGCUGUGACAGCUCUGCUUUGGAAGGACUCCCUCUCAUUAAAAGGAUUAUUGAUCAAGCUAAAGACAGAAUUGUCAUCAUGCCAGGAGGGGGUAUCACAGAGAGAAAUCUGCAGAGGAUUUUAGAGGGAUCGGGGGCUCAAGAGUUUCACUGCUCAGCCCGCUGCAGUCGAGAUUCUGCCAUGAAGUUCAGGAACACCUGUGUGAUGAUGGGAACUGUUUUAUCAACAUCUGGAUAUGGCCUUACGGUGGCAGAUGUGAGCAAAGUACGCACUCUCAAUGCAAUUGCCAAAAACACCUUGUGAAUGGGUACUGGACAAUCAUGACAGACAUUAAAACAUAUUAGUAGUAAAACUGAUGUGUCCUCAUUUAUUUUUAAUAAAUCCCAGACAUUACAUUACUUCCAAAAUGAGUUCUUUCUUUUAUUGAGCCACUGGCGAGUUCCUCUUUAGUUCAGACGUAUAGCCAUCUGUGAUGAGCAGAACUAUUUAAUUGUGUAAAUACAUUAUUCCAUCAUUUUCUCGUGUCAUACUUUGAUUGAAUUUCUGUUAACAGCAUUCUGGUUAGUUGAAAACACUAAUUUUGAUUCUGUUUUGAGUGUGUGUGUGUGUGUGUGUGUGUGUGUGUGUGAAUUGAAAGUGUACUAUGAGUAGUCAAAAUGAAGUUGUGGCUAUCUGAAACCGUCAGUUACGCGUGUGUAACCGUCAGUGUUCUCAGAGUGUUUGGAAUAUGUACCGGGGAGAGGGAUAGUGUUGAUAUGGAACUGUGUUAUAAUUGUAGAGUCACCAGUAAUUAUGAGUCAGUAUCUUUUACUGCCCCAAUCAAAGCCAGUCUUGAAGGGGCCUUGGUCCUUUUCCUAAUAAAAAUUAGCAAUCAAAUUAGCAAUUAACAGUGCAAUCCACGUUCAAUAAAAACCAAGCUCCUAUUAAUUUAAUAAUAAGCAAUUCACUGACACAUGGUGCAAUAGCUAUAUAAAAGAGGUGUGAGAGUUACAGAGGAACAUGCUGUAUUACCACAAUGAUCACGGAUGUCUAAUGAGCCUGAAUUGAUUCUCAAAUGACAAAUUUAAGUCUUUCAAAUGUCGGCAUAAAGCGUCUCGCACUGAGAAUUGACCUCUCGGGGAGCAGUCUGGUGGCACUGGAAUUAUAAAUUUGAACCAAUAAACCUGUCAUGUCAUUAUUACCCAACAGCAGAUAUCUGUAAAGCAUAUAGCAGUGACUUGUCGAUAUCUACUUUUUAGCAAUCAUAAAAAGAGUCCAGUCAUCUCUCAUUGCAGCCACAAUGAAUGUCAUCUAAAACAGUGCUUAAUGGUUUUUUUUUAUUUGCUCACAGUGUAAUAACACAUUGGCGCAGUGCAAUGGACUUUGUUUCAUUUGCUUAAUGACAUGACUAAAAAAAAUAAAGUAGUUAAUAGCACAGUUGUCCGUUCUCCUUGGGGAGAAUUACUUUCAAUUGGCCGAAUAAUCAUGGGGCAUCAAGAACGCACUGUAUGCUUUAACCAUUUUCAAUCACUCACUGCUGAUUAAGCCAAUCGGCGCUCCAUGACUCUCUCUUUGUCUCUCAGUAUAGUGAUGCUCAGAUCUCGUGUCACCAGACGACACAAGGGAAGUUAUUUGUUUUCCUGACGAGAUAGACGAGGCAACAGCGACAGUGUGCGACUAAAGCAAGAUGGCGGCAAACAGGUUGGUGCAUGUCUUACACGGCUUGAAGGCAUAAGCAAAUCUGCAACACCAGGUAUAACACGUUCAACUUUACACUAUGCAAAGUCAUCUAAUUAUUUGAGUUAUUCCCAUUUUACAUUGUGAAAGUAAUAUGUCAAUAUUACAAAGGCAAAGUGUGUUUACCAGGUUUAUUUAUUAUACUGUGGCAUCGAAGAAAGACUGACUAUUGAGUAGCAUCAUUUUCACUGUGGCGUCUAUUUCCCCUCUUCUCCAGGUGAACCUAACACUCUUAAACCUACACUGUUAGUUUCCAAUUGAAUUAUAAGAAUAUAAAAAUAAUUAAUAAUACUAAUUUCUUUUUAUCUAUAUCUAUCUAUUAGCAGUAGCUUCUUAGUGGAUUAUACUGGACCUCUUUUCUUUCCUUACAUACGUACUAUCUAUGGAAGUCGUACACUAUCUUUGUCUCAAUGACCAUUCACUUUUGCUUCACAUGUCACAUGGCUCUCGUCCUUGGGCUGCACUCACGAUGACUCAACUGGUUUUGUUGUUUUCAAACAUGUAAUGAUUAACCCUCGUCAUAAUCAGUAUUAUCUGUUUGGCUCAUCACGCCGCCCAUCACUUUGAAAAGCACUCACUCACACACACACGUGAGUGAAAUUAGUCUGCACUCGGUUUUGCCGUCUCAUUUAAAUGGUUUGUGUACAGCGUGUAGCUACAUGUGUAUUUCUGCUCCCUUUCUGCUCCCCCUGAAAAACAACAGGAAAUGGAGAAGGACCAAACACGUUGACGCCCUCCCUCCCUCGCUCCCUCCCUCCAUGAAAGUUCCCACCAAACAGUUACUUUCCUCCAAACCUUUUACAUUUUAACGUCCUCAGCUCAGCAACCUGAAAUUACUCAGAUGUGACUUGAGCCUGGUAAUGAUCUAGAGUAAGAGAAGGCACGGAGAGAAGUGGAAACAUCUGGGGUAAAAUGACCUAACCCCCACCCCCUUCUCUAAACACAUUCCUUAUUUUGGUGGGCUGUCCCCCUAACAGAAGACAAAACAUUUCCAGAAGACGGCAUUAGGCUUUUCCCUGUCUUAUCCCAUGCCUCCCAUGUGCAUGAAAAGUUGAACUUUAGACAUAUUUGGGCAGGGAGGAGUGUCCUUGUCCUUAUGAAAUGCUGGAUGUUUUUAAAAAGGCUUUGCUCAUUUGCAUUAGGACUCCAAGCCAGAUGAGCCACAAGGACGCUAGAGGGAGAGACCUCAACCUUCUGCCUAAAAACACACACUUAGACUUAAGCAAAUAACUCACCUGCUUCUCACAUCAGAAACAUUUUUAUGGACAAAUAACGCUUUCCUUCUGAAGGAGGAGGCCACAACGAUCUCUCUGAGUUUGAAAGCCUCGUGGUUUGAAUUGGCUUUGGGUUCACAUCCUACAAUUGUCC